AUGCAGAGGACAUUCUCCCCUCGCAAGUUCACAAAUCGAUGCAAACUCAGAAUCAACGCUUCAAACUCUCUUUCCGACUCACCCAACAAAGAGCAAGAACAAGAUGCCGAAUCCGCGCAACUAUUCGAGAAACUGAAGGAGGUGGAAAGGAAGAGAGUGGAUGAGUUGGAAGAGUUUGACAAGAAGGCGAACAUGCAGUUAGAGAGGCAGCUUGUCAUGGCUUCUUCGUGGAGCAGAACUUUGUUGACUUUGCGUGGAAAACUCAAGGGGACUGAGUGGGAUCCUGAAAACUCACACGGGAUAGAGUUCAGCGAUUUUUUGAGACUUCUUGACUCUAAGAAUGUACAGUUUAUGGAGUACUCUAAUUACGGUCAAACAAUAUCAGGUAAUGCGGAUAAUGUGGCUGAGUCUGACUCUUUUAUUCUACCAUAUUACAAAAAUGGGACAAUGAAUGGAACUGAAGGGAAUCCUGAGGAUAUUAUUUUUCGACGUCAUCCAGUCAAUCGAAUGCCAAUUGAUAGUUGGAAUGAUGUAUGGAGAAAGCUACAUCAGCAAAUUGUAAAUGUUGAUGUCAUUAAUGUGGAUGCGGUGCCUGCUGAAAUAUACUCAACUGUUGCAGUUGCUGUUAUAUGGUCUAUGCGUUUUGCUCUGGCAGUUGGAUUUUAUGUGUGGAUUGAUAAUUUGAUGAGACCAAUAUAUGCAAAGUUGAUACCUUGUGAUUUGGGAACUCCUAGCCAAAAAACUAGUCAGCCACUCAGAAGUCGUGCUCUUGGAUCUCUAGGACAGAGUCGGUAUUUUGCUGGCUUAUUGUUAGGACUUGGCUUUACUUGGCUUUACUGCUUUUGGGUUAGGCAGUUUGUUAUUAGAGAUUUACAAUCAAUUAUUAUUUGGGGGAAGAAGCCAAAACACUGGCUCUCCAGCUGGGAUUUGCCAAAUCAUUUGUUUAGUAGUUCUUUUGCACUAGAUUUGAUGUGGACAGCUGCUGUUGCUGAUAUUUUCCAUGAUCUGGGUCUUUUUGCGAAGGUUUUGGUGCAGCUUCUUCAAGUAAAAAGAAAAACAUUACACUUGACAGAGCCAAUCUCUUUACACCCAGAAUCUAAUUAUUAUGCUUUCCCCCACAGGGCUAAAUUUAUAUCUGCAGAAGAAAGAACUGGUGUUACAUUUGAUGAUUUUGCUGGCCAGGAAUAUAUAAAGAAAGAACUACAAGAGAUUGUCCGAAUUUUAAAAAAUGAUGAUGAGUUUCAAGACAAAGGAAUUUAUUGUCCAAAAGGUGUACUUCUUCAUGGGCCUCCUGGAACUGGUAAAACCCUACUGGCUAAAGCCAUAGCAGGUGAAGCAGGAUUGCCUUUCUUUGCAGCCAAUGGCACAGAUUUUGUAGAGAUGUUUGUAGGGGUUGCUGCAUCCCGUGUUAAAGACCUGUUUGCUAAUGCAAGAUCAUUUUCACCUUCUAUAAUCUUUAUUGAUGAGAUAGAUGCUAUUGGUAGCAAGCGUGGAGGACCUGAUAUUGGCGGAGGAGGUGCUGAAAGGGAACAAGGUUUACUGCAGAUACUGACUGAGAUGGAUGGAUUCAAAGUUUCCACAGCACAGGUGCUCGUGAUAGGAGCCACAAAUAGAUUGGAUAUUCUUGAUCCUGCUCUACUGAGGAAGGGUCGUUUUGACAAGAUCAUCAGAGUAGGUUUGCCAUCUGAGGAUGGAAGAUUUGCCAUUUUGAAGGUGCAUGCUAGGAAUAAAUUUUUUCGCUCAGAGGAGGAAAAGGAUACUCUACUGAAGGAAAUUGCUAAGCUGACAGAAGAUUUUACUGGGGCAGAGCUACAAAAUAUACUGAAUGAAGCUGGAAUUUUGACAGCUAGGAAGGAUUUGGAUUACAUCAGACGAGAUGAGCUGCUCGAGGCAUUAAAAAGGCAAAAAGGAACAUUUGAAACGGGGCAAGAGGAUAGUACCGAAAUUCCUGAAGAAUUAAAACUGAGAUUGGCAUACAGAGAAGCAGCUGUUGCUGUUCUUGCAUGUUAUUUUCCUGAGCCCCACCGUCCUUUUGUUGAGACUGAUAUAAAUUCUCUCCGCAGCCAGCCAAAUAUGCGUUAUACUGAAAUUUCUGGUCAGGUUUUUGCAAGGAAAUCAGAUUACAUAAACUCUAUAGUGCGUGCUUGUGCUCCAAGAGUAAUUGAGGAGGAGAUGUUUGGGAUUGAUAACUUGUGUUGGAUCUCUGCAAAGGCAACACUAGAAGCUUCAAGGCGUGCAGAGUUUUUAAUUCUACAGACAGGAAUGACUGCCUUUGGGAAAGCAUAUUACAAAAACUAUAGUGAUCUUGUGCCCAAUCUUGCAAUGAAGCUUGAAGCACUUCGAGAUGAAUAUAUGCGUUAUGCUACAGAGAAGUGUUCAUCGGUGCUAAAAGAAUACCAUUUGGCAGUUGAGACAAUUACAGAUAUUUUGCUUGAAAAGGGGGAAAUCAAAGCUGAAGAGAUUUGGGACAUUUAUAAGAGUGUUCCUCGUGUAGCUCAGCCUCCUGUCAGUCCAGUUGAUGAAUAUGGAGCACUGAUUUAUGCCGGACGGUGGGGAAUCCAUGGGAUCAGUCUUCCUGGAAGGGUUACAUUUGCGCCGGGCAAUGUUGGAUUUUCGACCUUUGGUGCGCCUCGCCCUACAGAGACACAAAUUGUUAGCGAUGAAACUUGGAAACUAGUAGAUGAUAUAUGGGAUAAAAAGGUUCAAAACAUUAAAGAUGAAGCUACGAAGCCCUGCACUGAGCUAACCUUUGUUUCACUAAAUUGUAUUGCACCUGCACCAAAUGUAUUCACCCCAUUCCGUCGAGUUGGACCUUGCCUUUCUUAA